GUGUGUGUGUCUUUUUCCAGAUCCACCUCCCGUAGUCUCCAGUUCCUGUUGGAUCCCUUGAUCGUUCCUGUCGUCUGUCCUGGUGAACAUUUUGAGGACUCUGUCUCUCUCUCUCCCGCUCUCUCUCUCUCUGUCCUUGGCGCGUGGCUGAGCAGGAAGCAGGACUUCUGAAAGCACUGUCAGCUCCAGCCCCAGGAGAGAAAAGGCAGGGUUGCAGGGUCCUGAACCUCGGGGAUAAACAGCCAUCAAGAUGCUGGUCACCAUGCUGACAGCCAUGUACAUGAUGGUCCGGGUAGCUGAAUCGUUAGGGAUGCGUUUUGCCCGCCAGCCUGAUCCACUGCCCUUCAUGGUGUCCCAGCCUCUCCCCUGGCAGGUCCACUCAGUAUCACACAGCAGGAGGAGCAGCAGAACAGAGGAGUAUGAAGGCCAGAGGAGGAACAGCAUGGGAGUUUACAGAAAGAACUUCUUCUCCACUGCCACCAUGGCUGCCUCUUUGGCAAUCCCCUGUCUCCUGUCGUGCCCAGACUCCACGGCCAGCAACGGGCACCCCGCCUCGUUGGCCGCCGCCCCGCUCAGCCCCGUGGAGGCCGACAAGGCUGCCGCCACCAUCCAAACUCAGUACAGGAAGUACCAGCAGAAGAAGCAUAAAGAUACCAAGUAGAGGGAAAGAGGAGGAGGAGGAGGAGGGAGCCCUCUACUGGAGGGAGAUGGAUGGACAGAUUGAUGGAUGGAUGGAUGUGUGGACAGAAGGAUGGCGGGAAGGAGGAAGGGAGAGAGGGGACACACAGAGGAUGAGGGAAUGGAGGAAAGGAUGGAAGGAUGGAUGGAUGGAGAAAGAAAUGAUGGAAGAGAUGGGGGUUGGUGGUGAAGGAUGGAUAUGCUGAUUAAUGGAGAGCUGGAUUGACACAGUAUGUGGGCAAGAAAAAAAAGAAAGUAAAGAAAGAAACACACACAUUAUCUCUCUCUCUCACACACACACACACACACACACACGCACACAUACAUUCAACCAAAUCAUUUAACUUGAAUUACAGUGUAAUUAUGUAUUGAACAGAAUAAAAGGUUACUGAUAAAACACUUCAACUACUGACCAACUCUGCAGAUUGUAUAUCCAUAAUAUAAGUCAGUGAUUUGUUUUAAUGUACAGUAUGUAUUUAUCUGUGAUGAUGCUUUUGUUCUCUGGAUGUGUGUGUGUACAUGUGUGUGUGUGUGUGUGUGUGUGUGUGUGUGUGUGUGUGUGUGUGUGUGUGUGUGUGUGUGUGUGUGCGUGUGUACAUGUGUGUGUGUGUGUGUGUGUGUGUGUGUAUGCCUUGAUGUUGCUAUCUGUAUCACAUAACUAGGAUCAAAUAGAUUGAUUGUUCUUGCGACAUUUUUCAUGAACAUAUUAUUCACUAAUUAAGUCCAAUAAAGUCCAUGUACAGCUG